GCGUUGGUGGUGUUGUUGCUGCUGUUCAACUAAUGCGGUGUGCAUCUCCCUUCAAGGAAGCGUUGCGAUGCGGCACUUCGCUUUUGAAAAAAAGACAAAAAAAGACCACAAAAACUCAUUCCCCACCGAUAAAUGGUGCCGAGAUAUCACUGCAGCGGGCAAGAAGACCUUUCGUUUUUCCGCCUUCUUCUCCGACACGAUCGGAUCAUCGGCAUUCAAGAGAAGACGGCGGAUGACGAGCACAAUCCAGCUCAAAAUUCCUUGCACGGCACCAUCGGAGGCUGUGCAUACGGAUCUGGGGAGAAUGAUCGAAAUGCAGUAG